AUGGACGACAAAGAUUUGUCCUCAUGUCAACGAUUCAUAGUACGGUCCGUCUACUUGCAGGAAAGUCACCGUGAUGUUACAGACUGCUUCACUGAAUGGACGCUAUCACGUCUCAAACCAAACAAACGAGACUCCAUGAAAGUCCGAAGGAGAGCUGUUGACUUGGGCACGCUGAUUGAGGUAACAGGGCCUAGAGCAUCCACCCCUGUGGAAAGUGGAACCCGUACUGAUGCUAGUUUUGGUGUUCUCUCACCACGCUAUAUUACAACACGAUCACCCACUGCAACUUAA